AUGCGAUUCUCACCUUUGAUAUUGUUACCAUUGGUAACAGCUGCACCAGCAGCCAAGAAAUCGAUCCCUGAAUUAUCAGUAAAACAAUGGGAUGCAAUUCAAUCGGGAUUCACGGAUGGACUCCGAUCAUUAUCAUCUUGGUCUUGGAAUAAGGCUGAAGAUGUAAUGGAUGAACUUGAAGCCAUUGCCGGUGUCGAUGCAAACAACAACGAUGACGAUAAAUCAUCUUUGACCAUCUGGCAAGCUUUAAAAGCCGAUACCAACUCUUUCAGCAAAUUAGUCAAGAUCAUCGAGUUCGAAGGUAAAUCUAUCGAUUACCUUGAUGACAAAGAUCUUCAAAUCACUUUCUUCGCUCCUAACAAUGACGCUCUUACUCCCCCCGAGCACCACCACCAUGAUGAAGACCACGAUUCACUCAUUGAUCUGCUCCACAACCCUUCUCUCCAAACCCUCUCCAAUGUCCUCGAAGCCGAGCCUUCUCUCCUCGAGUCCGAUGAAAACCGUCACCACCAUCACCAUCAUCAUGGAGAUGACGACGAUCCAGAGAAGAAGAAGAGAAGAAAGGAGAUCUUCCGAAAGAUCGCCGGCAAAGUGUUACAAUAUCAUGGUCUCACCAAAGCAUACACCGCUCAAGAAUUAGCUCAAAAUUCGACCGUCGCUACAGCUCUCAAAGCAGACGACGGAUCUUACGGUGGUCUUCAACGAAGGAUCAGGAUCGUCAAAAGCUUCGUCCCUCCUUCUCUUACACUCAAUUUCUACGCCAAGGUUCUUGUAUCCGAUAUCAAAGCUAGAAACGGUUACUUCCACACAUUGAACCAUCCUCUUAUCCCUCCCGGAUCAAUCCUCGACGAGCUUUUCCUCUUCCCCGAUGAGUUCUCCACACUCACCUCAAGUGUACAGAAGCUUCACAGUGCACACUAUCUCGAUUGGUCAUACGAUAAACAACACUCUAAGCCCGGUCACCCUAGAUUCCACGGUGCACCUCUGGUCACUUUGUUCGCUCCUUCCAACGAAGCUUUCAAAGCUAUUCCAGCUAAACUCAAGUUCUUCUUAUUCUCCCCCUUCGGUGAAGACGCUCUCACCAAACUGUUAGCUUACCACGCCGUUCCCAAGACACUUCUUCUUUCAGAGUUACUUUACACUGAAAAGGUUCAUAAAUCAGAGAUCAACGGUUUCGCCGACACUUUAGGCGAUUACGACGUUUUCAACAUUGGUGAUGAUGUUUCCUUCCACAAGGAAUUCGAAAUUUCACCUGCUCUUCCCAACUCAACUUUGAGGAUCGAAGUUGAUAAAACUAAAUUCUUACCCGUCGAAGGAGCUGUGAAGACUACCAUCAAGGUCAAUGGACAAGAAGUCAAAGUCAUCGAUGUACCAGCAAGAAACGGUGCCACUCACGUCAUUGAUCACAUCUUGAUUCCUCCUCACAAGCACCAUGACCAUAAAGGAGAAGAUCUCGCUCACCUCGAUACUUGGCAAAACUGGGAAGAUUGGUUCCCUGCCUGGGUCGAACAAGCUUAA